AUGGAGCUGGAAAACAUCGUGGCCAACACGGUCUUGUUAAAAGCCCGGGAAGGGGGUGGAGGAAAGCGUAAAGGUAAAAGCAAAAAGUGGAAAGAAAUCCUGAAGUUUCCUCACAUUAGCCAGUGUGAAGAUCUUCGGAGGACAAUAGAGAGAGGUUACCACAGUUUAUGUGACAAGCAGCCAGUCGGAAGACUUCUUUUUCGUCAGUUCUGUGAGACUCGUCCAGAGCUUGAGUGCUGUAUUAGGUUUCUUGACUCAGUGGCAGAAUAUGAAGUUACUCCAGAUGAAAAACUGGGAGAGAAAGGAAAAGAAAUUGUGAUGAAGUACCUCAUCCCAGAGUCUCCAGUUUAUGUAGCAGAAGUCAGUCGAGGUCUUGUCCAGCAGACAGAAGAAAAACUUGAAAACAGUCCCUGUAAAGAGCUGUUCUCACCUUGUGUAAAAUCUGUGCAUGACUAUCUAAGUGGAGAACCUUUUCAAGAAUAUUCAGACAGCAUGUAUUUUGAUAGAUUUCUCCAGUGGAAAUGGCUUGAAAGGCAACCAGUAACGAAAAAUACAUUUAGGCAGUACAGGGUAUUAGGAAAAGGUGGUUUUGGGGAGGUAUGUGCUUGCCAAGUACGAGCAACUGGGAAAAUGUAUGCUUGCAAAAGAUUAGAGAAGAAAAGAAUAAAGAAGAGGAAAGGUGAAUCUAUGGCCCUAAAUGAAAAGCAGAUCCUAGAAAAAGUCAAUAGUCAAUUUGUAGUCAACUUAGCCUAUGCUUAUGAAACAAAGGAUGCGCUGUGUUUGGUUCUGACCAUAAUGAAUGGGGGUGACUUGAAGUUCCACAUAUAUAACAUGGGAAACCCAGGCUUUGAGGAAGAAAGAGCCUUGUUUUAUGCAGCAGAGAUUCUUUGUGGCUUAGAAGACUUGCAUAGAGAGAACACUGUGUACAGGGAUUUGAAGCCAGAAAAUAUCCUGUUAGAUGAUUAUGGCCAUAUCAGAAUAUCUGAUUUGGGUCUAGCUGUUAAAAUCCCUGAGGGUGAAUCAAUCCGUGGACGGGUAGGAACAGUAGGUUAUAUGGCUCCAGAAGUGUUGAACAACCAGCGAUACACACUUAGCCCUGACUAUUGGGGAUUAGGUUGCCUGAUAUAUGAAAUGAUUGCAGGACAGUCACCAUUCCGUGGAAGGAAAGAGAAGGUGAAGCGAGAAGAGGUAGACAGGAGAGUCUUGGAGACCGAAGAGGUUUAUUCCCAUAAAUUCUCUGAGGAAGCAAAGUCUAUCUGUAAAAUGCUACUGACCAAAGAUGUGAAGCAGAGACUUGGUUGUCAGGGAGAAGGUGCAGCCGAAGUAAAGAGGCACCCAUUUUUCAAGAGCAUGAAUUUCAAACGUUUACAAGCAGGAAUGCUGGACCCUCCUUUUGUCCCUGACCCUAGAGCAGUAUACUGCAAAGAUGUCUUGGACAUUGAACAAUUUUCAACUGUCAAAGGAGUGAACCUGGACCAAACAGAUGAUGACUUUUAUUCCAAGUUUUCCACAGGCUCUGUCUCCAUUCCAUGGCAAAAUGAGAUGAUAGAAACAGAGUGCUUUAAAGAACUAAAUAUAUUUGGACCAAAUGGUACUAUCUCACCAGAUCUUAACAGAAGCUACCCACCAGAACCACCUAAGAAAGGAUUGCUCCAUAGAAUAUUUAAACGCCAGCACCAGAACAAUUCCAAGAGUUCUCCAAAUUCAAAGGCCAGUUUAAAUCAUCAUAUAAAUUCCAACCAUGUAAGUUCAAAUUCCACUGGAAGCAGCUAGUUCUACCUGUUCUUUUGUGAACCUUCUUGUCACAUCCUUCCACUAUAUCGUAUGGAGCUUCAAGGAUGAGAGAGCAUCCAUCAUUGAACUAGAAGAUCAACAGUCUCCUACUGUGGGAGAAAGUUCUCCUCUGUCUUUCCAGCGGAGCCUCCCAUUUAAGAAGAAAUUUUCUCUCAGGUCUAUUUUAGAGGUGGCACUCGAGGUUAUGGGACUCAACGUUGUCGCUGAAGGACAUUGCAAUAGAAACCAGAGUAUGACAACUUGCACGUAUUUAAAAUAGCAUCAUACCUAGAACUGAAUUUUGUCAUUAUUUUUAAAGAAAAAGUUUUGUAAAUUUCUCUAUUGUCUUAGUUUACAUUUUGUACAUUUGUAUUUAAAUGAAAGUCGGACUUGGGGAUGUAUAUUUUCUGAGCAGCAGCUUGUAAAGCCAUGUGUUUUAAGACUUUUUUUAAGAGAAAAAGGUGACUCAAGACUUCCAGAGCCUCAAAAUUAUAUUUCUUUUUCCAAAUGUAGAAAAUUAUUCAUGUUUUACUUUUCCACCUUGGUUCUGUUGACAUGAAUUUUUUAUAGUAUAUUUCAUCUUUUCCAUUUGUCUAUUUGGUUUACAGCAACACUGCAGACAAGUGUCUUCCCUUUGUUUCAUUAAAAGUCUUGCUUUUAAAUGCAGUCAAGGUUCACCAUCUCCCAGGCCAAUAUACUCUGUCUGAGGUUCAUGAUGUCAUGGGACCAAUGCUGUUGGUAUUUGCACUUUUUGUAGUUAGGCUGUCAUGUUGCUAGAAAGUCAACCUUCCCCACUCAAGUUGCCAGCAUUUAUAUUAUUAUUGCUAAGGAGGUGAAGAACAAAUGUUUAUGAUUGCAAGCACAGAAAACUGCUAGCCCCUCUGCUCUUUACAUAUGAAGCUUCAUCUUUGCAGCUUUCGUCAGAAAGGUGCCAGGAGGCUGGUUUGACAGCUUCAUUGCUGAAACUUUGAUUUCAACUUUGGUUUGGUUUUACAAAGCCAUUUGGAGUGGGUUUUGGAUAUACGCUAUAUGUGCUGCAACACUUAAUUGAUUCCUGGGUUCCCAUUGCACUGCUCUACAGUUCCUGAUGUUACCCACCCAUCCGCUCUCCACACUGUAAACUGGGCCAGGAGCAGGAUGUGAACAGUUAGUGUGAUCCUUGGUCUAGAAGUUGCUCCAUAUCAUAUCAGCUAUCGCAAAAGCACCUUUUUCUUCUUCUGAAGUGAUUAAGUGGUGGAAGUCAAGAGAGUGCAGAACUAUAAAGCUCAGCUCUUAAUUACAGCUUCCCCACAUACAGUAUUUCUUUCCUAUUCCAUUCCCAAUUUACCAGGAACUUCCAGAGAUGGAAAAUAUACCUGUAUUGUGCAUCCAUGCCAAAUGCCUUGGAAAAAUUACCUUUAACCAUUAUGAUUAUUUCUUUUGAGAAAUUAGGCCAGCUUAUAAAACUCUCUCUGGUUAAUGAGGUAUGACUAAGUCACACUGAUUACCUUUACUUUGAUAAAAUGACUAAAACUUUUGACAUUAGCAUACCGAGGAAUUAAUAACAUGUUCAUGCGGAUAGUCAUAAAUAACCUUGGUCUCUUGAAGAAGGGAGGAAGAGUUGAUCAUUUUUGCAGCUUUCUUGUGGAUGAACAUCUAUCCGUGCAGUUUUAAUAGUUAAAUUCUUAAAGAGAAUAAUAUUAAGCAGUAAAUAAUAUUUUUUUCUAUUACACAGUUCUACAGCCUGUACCUGGAAGAGCCUUAAACGGCUGUGAUGUGUAGCAACAUCUGUCCUGACAUUAUCAUGUAACUUUCUCCUUGAAUGGAAGCCAAUGAUUUGGUAUACAAAUGCAUAAAUUGGUAACAUAAUAAUGGUCAGGACAGGCCUACAAUGGAAAAAGGAAGAACUCAUCACAUAGAUGUCAAUUUCAUUUCCAGCCUCAUGUCUUUCAUAAUGGCUGGUUGCAUAGUUGGGAAGUAAAAUUACUCUCAGUAGAGUGAAUCUGUGUCCAUUAUGACGUUUUAAAAGUACAGGAUUCCCUCCCCCACCCCUCCCAAAAUACUGUUGUGCUAGUCUGGAUAUUCUGGAGCCAGACCUAAUUUGUUUUAUUAUCCUAUAUGCAUAUUUCAAAGCCAUCUUGGCUACCAACUUUGCAUGCAGAAGGCUGUAGGUUCAGCUGUUGCAUCUCCAACUUUAAAAGCAUUUCAGUUACCAGGUGUUACAAAAGUUCUUUCUCCAUCUGAAACGCUGGGAAGAGUCUGCCAGUCAGCAUAAACCAUACUGAACUAGCUGGACCAACUGUCUUACUUGGUAUAAGACAGCUUCAUAUGUUUUGUGUGUAAGAAGGAUGCCAUGAUGAUCACUUCAGGUGCAUGCUCCAAAUAAAGUGUCAUUUUUGUGCAAGAGAUCUUCAGGAUGUGAUUAUAACAAGUGAUUCUAAUUGGAUUGCCAUCCCCAAAUUCCUUUGGUAGAUUAUGUGCAAGCAUUAUAGCUUCACUUGAUACAAAUGGGUAUAUAUCCGUUUAAGAUGUUGAUUCAUGAAAUUAAAGCAGUGAAAGAGAAAAGGAGGGGUCACUUGUAACAACGGAUGUUUACAGGGUCUCCUAGUGAAGGAACGUACCACUGGUGUUCCUCUCUUACUUGCCACUCACCCACCCCCAAAUAAUCUAGACUAAACUAUGACCUCUUUGAUCUUUGAUCUCCACCUGUUUUUCCUCUGCUGUAUACUACUACUUGAAGGCUUCCAUACCUGACCCACCAGAGGUAGAGCCCUUUUUAAAGAAAAUCCCAAAGGUGUGGAUUUUCCUUAAUCCUGCCCACUGUUCUUUCACCAAUGCUUGCAACUUCUUUUUUGAGAAGUAACCAAGACAAGCUAUAGCAAUAAGAACACAACUUAGUACCAUUGUACAGAAUAUAUUGUCCUUUUAAUAAAGAACUAAAGGAAGAAUCUCAUGACUUGCUAUAUGUUACAAGGCCCUUAAACUGGAAAUCAGGUAUUCUUCCUCUGCAAAUGUUCAUGAAUAUAAUUUUAAUUGUAUGUUCCAUAUUCAUAUAAGGAAUCCUGGGAGUCUGAGCUGCACCUCUCGCUUGAGUUUCUGUCUUUGAUCAAAUCAGUUAUUUUGUGAUUGUCCAAGUUUAUAUCUGCUUGGAGAUAAAAAACCUUAAUUGCAAGGAAGCUACCAAGUGAAAAAAUGUGGAAUUCAAUGGGACAAAACCUGUAUGAAUGAAAUCAAAUUGUUUUUUUUCACUAUCUUGCUGAAGCAGUCCAGUUGUGCACUCUUAGAACCUCAGUGAGUUACCUCAUGAAGAAAGGAUGGGGCUUUACAUUUCACAGUUCCUGCAGAGGUGCUAUGAUGUAUGUUCAAGUGUUGCUGGAGUAUAACAGCAGUAGCUUUGUAAGCCUUUUGCCUUGUUAAUAUUAAAACUAAUUGGUAUGGGGGGAUUAAAAUGGUAUCCACCCAUAUUUAUUCUGAUUGCAGUGACAAAUAACUCAGUGGCUCCAUUCCAGAGACCCUUGCACCAAGGAACAGACUGUUGUAUGUGCAAUGUUCUCUCCCUCUCAUAGUUAGUAUGGUUAGUAUUAUCAUGCAUGUUUUGGAGGGAGGGGAGGAGGGAAACAGAUGAUGAUUUUCUCUUUUCAUCAUGAAUAUCCUCCUACGUUUCUCUGAAGCUGAGUAAAACUGAAAUCCUGUAACUCCAGUCAGACUAACAAAAUUUAGAAGAAGUGUUGGUGAAUCAGAGCUUGCAUCAUCAGAUGAAGCAGAGUGUCAGAAGUUUUAAGGAUUUCAGAAAAGAAUCGUAGAUGCUCUGCUUCAACAAAAUUUGCCCAGUGCUGUUAGAGAAAAUGAGAACAACAGGGUGCAUGGUAGCACCCUCUAUUGCUCCUUUGCACAUACAUGAUCCAAUGCAAUAGGGCAAGACAUGCAGAAGCCUGUUUGCACAAGCAGAAUUGCCUCUGCUGUGUUGGGAGUAACCAAGUGUAGAAAAAUCCCUAGCUACACUACAUACAUAUUUGAAACAGGGUGACACUUGAUUGCUGAACUUUAGGAAUAUACUUUAGCAUAUCUAGUGCCAUGUGUUUAAAAAUCAAAGAAUGCCAAAAAAAAAAUCAAGAUUCUCUAUCCUUCUACAGCAACAACAAAAUGUUGUCAGAAAGAUAGGGGAAGGUACUUCUCGUUUCUGUUCUUGCUUGCCAUAUAUGAAUCCUUGAAUUAUUUUACUCCUACCAAGGAAGUUAAUGAAUAAAACUCCACAGCUGCAUUUUCAAAACCUUAAUGACACCAUAAUGUAGUUGACCAUAGCAGAUUAUUGAUUAAAUUGGUAGACAAACAUCCACAUUAGGACUAGACUUUAUCACUGACUUCAAAAUAAUCUCAUUUGCUAAUCACACAAUUAUAUCACGGAUCCUGUUCAAAACACGUAUUCGGGAGUCAACGAGUUCAAGAAUUUCUUAUACUCUCUGUAAAAGAAACAGAAACUUCUAUAAUAAUUCUUUUCAUAAUAAAAUUAUACAUUUAUAAUAAAUGGAACCAAGUGUUCUGAACUAGAAAAAUUAGUGGCUGUUGGUAUUGUAAAAUAAUAAUGAUGAUAAUAACAAUAAUAAUAGAAUCCAAAGGGUUUUUCAUUUUGUUUUAUUUUUACGGGAGUUUCUUACAUUGUAGAAUGAGAAUUGUUUUCAUUUUGAGGUUGUUACAAUAAUUGCUUCUGUGUUUUUUGGCUGCUUGAAUUCUUCGUACAUGUCUAAUAAUAUUGCAGUGCUGCUGUAUCUAGAUCAAACCACUGUUUUG